AUGUACGUGGCAGGAAAAGGGAUGCCUUUACACCUAGAAGGUGAAGAAAGAAAAGCCAAGCUGCUAGAGCUAGGAAAUUAUUGGUGUGAAAUCGACUAUAACCCAGCCACAAAGGAACAAAUGAAGAAUUUGAUGGAGAGUCAGCAAUAUAGUGAGCUUGAAAAAUCAUUAGUAAAAAGAAUUGAGUUUGGAACGGCUGGGCUGAGAAGCAGAAUGGCUGCAGGAUUUGCGUUUAUGAACCAUAUAACAGUUCAGCAGGCAACUCAAGGAUUAAUUUUGUAUCUGGAAUCACUUUAUUCACCAGAGCAGCUUCGUCAAGGAGCUGUAAUAGGUUUUGAUUCAAGGUACAAUUCAAAGAGCUUUGCUGAGCUUGCAGCGUCGUUGUUUAUUUCUCAUAACAUUCCUGUGUACCUUUUCAAGAAGAACAACCCAACACCUUUUGUGCCUUUUGCAGUUCUUUUAAAGAAAGCCAUAAUUGGUAUACUAUUUUUUGCAAUAAACAAUCUUUUUUAAAUAAAUAAAUAUUUUUCCUAUAACAGUCUAAAAUGAUAUAUACAAAUUACAGCCUCACAUAACCCUAAAGACGACAAUGGUUACAAAGUAUAUAUGAGCAACGGCGGACAGCUUGUAGACCCUCACGACAAAAUGAUUCAUCAGUCCAUCCUUAAUAAUUUAGACCUAUGGCUUAUUGGAGGCUAUGACUCCACAUGGGUGAGAAGCAGGGUUACAGAAAUUUAUGACGAAGUCGCUGAAACUUAUAUAGAAAGGUCAUUAAAUUACUCAAGGUCAAGAAAUUCCAAUAGUAAUUCAGAACCAAUUGUCUAUACAGCCAUGCAUGGAGUUGGAGGCGAAACAAUCAAAUCUAUGUGGAAAGCCUGGGGAUUCAGCCCACUUGUCGUAGUUGACGAACAAAUUGACCCUGACCCUGAAUUUCCAACUGUAAAAUUCCCUAACCCAGAAGAAGGCCAAGGAGCACUUGCCCUUUCCAUGAAAAAAGCAAGCGAAAUCGGGGCAAGGCUAGUAAUCGCUAAUGACCCUGACGCAGACAGGAUGGGAAUUGCAGAAGUCCAAGGUGACGGGACUUGGAGAAUUUAUUCAGGAGACGAAAUCGCUGUGUUUUUAUUAGAGUGGGAAAUAUCUCAUUAUACAGACCAAGCGCCAGCUGCAGUUGUAGCAAGCACAGUUUCUUCAAAAAUAUGUAAAGCAAUAGCUGAGUCUAUUGGAGCACGAUUUGAAGAAGUUUUGACAGGGUUUAAGUGGAUUAUUAAUAAGUCUUUAGAACUGGAAGGACAAGGAUAUAAGAUGCUUUUUUCAUUUGAGGAAGCUAUUGGGUUUUGUGUAGGAAACCAUGUUAGGGAUAAAGAUGGGAUUUUGGCAGCUUGUGUUUUUAAUGAACUAUAUCAAGAAAGAUGUGCUAGUAAAGGGAUUAGGCUUAGUGACCAUUUAGAAAGGCUGAGGGAAAGGUAUGGGUACUAUUUGACCAGAAAUAAAUACUUUUUCUGCUAUGAGCCUGUAGUCAUAAAAAGUGUAUUUGAUAAUAUAAGACAGGAAUACCCAAAAGCAAUUGGCAGAUUUCCAGUUAAAUAUAUAAGAGAUUUGACUGUUGGGUAUGAUAAUUCUCAACCUGAUAAUAAGCCUGUCCUGCCAAUAUCUCCAUCAACUCAAAUGAUUACCUUUACAUUCGAAAAUGGAGCUAUCAUUACUUUACGAACAAGUGGGACAGAGCCUAAAAUUAAAUAUUAUUGUGAAUAUCAUGGAAAUACUCUUGAAGACACACGUGCAGAGCUCAAUGAACUAGUAGAUCAUAUGAUCGACCAACUACUUCAGCCUCAAAGAUAUGGACUGACUCCUCCUAGUAGCUAA